AUGGACCAUAUUGGGCUUUGGGAUAAAUGGGCCGUAAUGGAUCAUAUUGAGCUUUGGGAUAAAUGGGCCGUAUGGACCGUAUUGGCUUGGGAAAAAUGGGCCAUAAUGGACCAUAUUGCGCUUUGGGAUAAAUGGGCCGUAAUGGGCAGUAUUGGGCUUUGGGAUAAAUGUGCCGUAAUGGACCGUAUCGGGCUUUGGGAUAAAUGGGCUCUAAUGGACCAUAUUGGGCUUUGGGAUAAAUGGGCCGUAAUGAACCAUAUUGGGUUUUGGGAUAAAUGGGCCGUACUGGACCGUAUUGGGCUUUGGGAUAAAUCGCUGUAA